GUGAUACUUAACGAACGACGUGUAUAGAUUUGCAAGUAACAUUCAUUUAGUUGAUACGAAAAUGUCGUUGACGUCGGUACCGGUUUUAUUCAGCUGAAGUUAAACAAUUUUUAUUUAAAACUUUUAUUAUUAUACUCAUUCAGUCCAGUACGCGAUCAGUGGAUUGUAUAUUGGCUUGUUAUAAAAGAAAAACCAACAAAAAAAUCUGUGUGUUGAUUGAGGUCUCGGUGUUGUGAUUUACUAUACGAAUUUGUGAAUUUAAAAGACUUUGUGAUCGGUGCUAAAAAAAAAACGAAAUUGUUUAAAUUAGCGAAUCGAGUAAUUUCAUACUUAAAAAGUUUAAUAUUUAAAGAAAACGUUCAAUCAUGUCGUUCAUACAUCGAAAAAAUAAAAACUUUCGAUACAAAUUGUUAACCGAUACGGAAAACGGAAGAACCAACAAAAUGGAUGACUACAGCGAAUCGGAAGGACUGCUGGAUCCGCAGACAGCUUCAAUACGUCUUCCCAUCAUCGGCAUGACCUGUCAAUCGUGCGUUAAAAAUAUCGAAGGCAACAUCCGGACAAAAAUGGGAAUCGUUAAAAUCAAAGUUGUUCUGAGCGAAAAUGCUGGUUACAUUGACUACGAUCCGUCGUUAACAGAUCCGAAAACGAUAGCAUUACAAAUAGACGACAUGGGUUUCGAUUGUCCGUACGAUGAAUUGAAUCAAAUCAUCGACACUCGAAUAAGCAUCGAAGGGAUGACGUGUCAGAGUUGCGUGCGAAAUAUCACCGAGACCAUUUCGACGAAACCGGGCAUUGUAAAUAUUUUGGUUAGUUUAGAAGAUAAAAGUGCCACCGUUCAGUAUGACAAUAGUUUGACUAGUCCAAGUGAAAUAGCCGAAAUGAUUGAAGAUAUGGGUUUCGAUGCCAGUGUGUCUGCAUCACAAAUUAAGACUGAAAAUUAUCAAAGAGCAAAAGACAAAUCUCCCAAAAAAUCUUUAUCGGAAACAUUGGUGCUCGUAAAUGGCGACGAUUUAACGUCGAAUAAAGCUAUCAAGAAAUGCUUCCUUCACGUUCAAGGAAUGACAUGCGGGAGUUGUGUAGCUGCUAUCGAGAAACACUGCAAACGAAUUUACGGCGUCGAAAGUAUUUUAGUCGCUUUACUGGCAGCCAAAGCCGAAGUGAAGUACAACAGCGACGAAGUAACACCCAAAGACAUUGCUCAGUCCAUCACAGAACUAGGUUUCCCGUCGGAAAUCAUCGAUGAGCCGGGCACUGGCGAGGGUGAAGUGGAAAUCGAAAUCCAUGGCAUGACCUGUGCAUCGUGUGUGAACAAAAUCGAAAAAUCUGUGCUUAAUAUUCCGGGUGUGACAUACGCUGCUGUUGCACUGACAACGAAACGCGGCAAAUUCAAAUUCAACAACGAGCAGACCGGACCGCGUCACAUAUGCGAAACCAUAUCCGAUUUGGGAUUCGAUGCCAAUUUACUGUCGAAUAAGGAUAAGAUGGCGCAUAGCUACUUGGAGCACAAACAUGAAAUUCAGAAAUGGCGUAACGCGUUCCUUAUAUCACUGGUGUUCGGCGGUCCGUGCAUGGUAGCCAUGAUCUAUUUCAUGAUCGAAAUGGAGAUGCAUAAUCAUGCAAAUAUGUGCUGUGUGUGGGGCAUAGGUGGUUUGAAUUUGGAGAAUUUAGUGAUGUUUGUGCUGUCCACACCUGUACAGUUCUUUGGCGGUUGGCAUUUCUAUGUUCAGGCUUAUCGGUCACUUCGUCAUGGUACCACAAACAUGGACGUACUCAUUACGAUGGCGACGACAAUCAGCUACAUCUAUUCGUGUGGUGUCCUUUUAGCUGCCAUUUUAAUGCAACAGGAAACGUCACCUUUGACGUUCUUCGACACUCCACCAAUGCUUCUGAUAUUUAUUUCGCUUGGUCGGUGGUUAGAGCACGUAGCUAAAGGCAAAACAUCAGAGGCUCUAUCGAAGCUACUAUCCCUGAAGGCCACCGAAGCGAUUCUCAUCAGCAUCAACGAACAAUUUGAUAUUUUAUCCGAGAAAGUAAUUUCGGUCGACUACGUCCAAAGAGGCGACAUUUUGAAAGUGGUUCCCGGCAGUAAAGUGCCCGUCGACGGCAAGGUAAUCUACGGCCAUUCGACCUGUGACGAAAGUCUGAUCACCGGUGAAUCGAUGCCUGUGCAGAAGAAAACCAAAUCCGUCGUCAUCGGUGGGUCGAUCAAUCAAAAUGGGUUAAUAUUGAUGACGGCAACACAUACCGGUGAGAAUACAACAUUGGCGCAAAUAGUUCGACUAGUCGAAGAGGCUCAGACGUCAAAGGCACCGAUACAGCAAUUGGCCGAUAAAAUUGCUGGCUAUUUUGUACCGUUCGUCAUCACAGUGUCAACGAUUACCUUAAUCGGCUGGACGAUUAGUGGAUACGUCAACAUAAACCACUUGCCAAUGUCGAUGGCAGAACGGCAUGGAUUGAAUCGCGAGGAGAUAAUUUUCAGUUACGCUUUCCGAUGCGCUAUUAGUGUACUGGCCAUUGCAUGUCCGUGUGCACUGGGAUUAGCCACUCCAACUGCUGUUAUGGUGGCGACCGGUGUUGGUGCACUGCAUGGAGUUCUUGUCAAAGGUGCUGGUCCUCUGGAAAAUGCGCACAAAGUCAAAACGGUCGUUUUCGACAAAACGGGAACCAUCACGCACGGUAUGCCAAUGACGUCGAGAAUCGUCAUGUUCGUCAAACCCACAGUGUGCUCCUUCGCUCGAAUGCUAACAAUUUUGGGCGCUGCUGAAUGUAACAGUGAGCAUCCCAUCGCAACUGCUAUCGUCAAAUUUGUCAAAGAGAUGCUGGAAGUUGAUGCUUUCGGCAAGUCGACCGACUUUCAAGCCGUUCCGGGCUGUGGCAUCAAAGUGAAGGUUUCCAAUUUUGACAUCGCAUUGAAAAUUGGCUUGCAAACGGAUAAAAUGGCGAACUAUGUGAACCUGUACCAGAGUAAUCAGGAAGUUGUGAGCAUCAAUGGCGUUACAGUCGAGGAGAUCAUUCCGAAAAUGUCACAAUCGCAGCGAAAUGCUAUCGAGCUUAAGCAAAUACUGCUGAUUGACGAUGCAUCUGAGCCACAACAGGACAACGAAAUGGCCUUUGAGAACGACGUCAAUGUUUUGAUCGGCAAUCGAGAAUGGAUGCAUCGGAACGGCAUAUUAGUUCCAGCCGAAAUUCACAGCAAAAUGACCGACGAAGAAUCAAUGGGACAUACGGCCAUAUUGUGUGCAUUCAACAAUCAAAUGAUCUGCAUGGUUUCAGUUUCUGAUAUGGUGAAACCCGAAGCCCACUUGGCCGUUUACACGUUGAAGAAGAUGAACAUUGAAGUGAUUCUGUUGACCGGUGACAACAAAAAUACCGCCGCCAGCAUAGCUCGUCAAGUGGGAAUCAAAAAAGUGUUCGCCGAGGUGCUUCCAUCGCAUAAAGUGGCGAAAAUACAACGGAUUCAGGAGAGCGGUUUCCGUGUGGCUAUGGUGGGAGAUGGGGUGAAUGAUAGUCCUGCUCUUGCACAGGCCGAUGUCGGGAUAGCGAUUGCGGCUGGUACGGAUGUUGCUGCAGAAGCAGCUGAUGUGGUGUUAAUGAGAAACGAUCUGCUGGACGUCGUCGCUUGCCUAGAUCUAUCCAGACGCACAGUGCGACGCAUUCGUCUAAACUUUCUAUUCGCUAGCAUGUACAAUUUACUGGGAAUACCGUUGGCCGCUGGAGUGUUAAGUCCGUUCGGAAUAACACUGCAACCAUGGAUGGCAUCGGCUGCAAUGGCAAUGAGUUCAGUUUCGGUAGUUUGUUCGUCGCUGAUGUUGAAAAUGUAUAAGAAACCCACAUUGGCCUCACUGCAAACGCCCGAAUAUAUGCAAUUGAUGGCAAUGAGUAACGGUGAAUUGGAUAGCGUGUCGGUGCAUCGCGGUUUAGAAGAUAUACCGCGACCGAAUUUCAGUCGAUCAAAUAGUUCAACGUUGUCCAGGAUAUUCAUACGAUCGAAGCCGGACAUACAUGAAUCUCGACUCAUCGAAGAGGACGACAGUUCGUAUAAAGUGAAAAUAGUGAAGGGAAAGAAAUCAUUCAAAGAUGUAGCUGAGAUGCAAAAAUUGUAAAUUUGAGAAGCCUUUUGAGCAUUAAACGCAACACAUCACCGAUUUUUUGUUUGCCGGUGCAACAAUGAAGUGUGUUUUUGACUGAAAGUUUUUUUUUUUUAAAUCAUAAUCUCGACCAAUCUGAAUGGACGGGCUGAAACCAAUCUGAAGAUGAAUUGGAAAUUUUUUAUCGAUUUUUUUAAUAAUUGUUGGUGACCUUAUCAGACAAGUCUGACGAGCUUGAUGCGUUAUUCCGAAUUUAAUUUCAAUUUUUCAAUGAAUUCGGUUCAGUUAAUCAGAAAAGAGAAAAAUUCGUCGAAGUACUGACUCAUUGUUAGCCUUAAAACUUUGAAGUUGGAUAGUAAUGUUAAGUGAAUGUGAAAUGAGAAGAUGAAACUUUGAAAAACUAAUGUGAUAAAAAUGUUAAUUUAUAUUUGACUAUUUAAAGAAAUGAAAAAAAAACCCAACCAUUUAUAGCGCAACAACAGAAAUUUUAUUAUUAUUAUUGUACUUAUGAGCAGUGAGUGUCCAUUAAACCAAAUUUAUUAAUGAAAUUAUCUCUUCUUAAAUUGAAUAUUUUACUUUUUCAAAACAAUAAAAUUUUAUUACCAAAAGA